CAACACAGUUUUUGUGUUUCAAAUGUGGCGUGUUCGGCUGGAACAGUUUCCGUAUCUUCUCAAAUAUUCCAGCAACUCUGAAAUAACGAACAAGUUAUUAUAAAGAAGACGAUCGUAUUUUCAGCACUGACGUGUGGAGUGUGAAUCAAUGACAGAAGGAAAAGAGAAACUAACAUUAUAAGAAAUGGAUAACUUCAGAAUCAAACAAAAUGCUGAAAUGAGAAAAUAUAACUUAUCCCUGAAGAAUCGUCUUCACAACAAUCCUCUGAAGCCAGUGAAGUCCAGAAAGAACCAACGCAUAAGUGACACGUCUGAUCCAAGUGAUUCCCAAAAUUUUAAAUUAAGAGUCUCGGAUAGUUUUUGUGUGGAAAAUUCUGACGAAGAGGCAAAAUCAUCUAGGAUGAAAAUGAAUAAUAAUGUUGGGCGUGCGAAGAACAAUGAAAUUAUAAUAAUCAGUGACUCGAGUGAUGGCGAGGAGAUACCAGAAACUCAAACCUUCAGCUGGCAGUCUUCACCACGAAGAAAAAUAAAAGAAAAUUCCUUAAAGGAUAGUAUUGAAGUGUCCGAUGAGGACGCGGAGAUAUUCACAGGUUCAUUAACUCGUGGACAAUCAACAGGAUCAGAGGGUAAAUCAAGGAGCCAGAGAAGUGUUCGCUACUCAUCAGACGAGACAAAUUUUGAACUGAAAUUUGAGGAGAACGAUGUAGAGAGUGUCAUUGAUUCCUCCUACACGACACCAGCUAGAAAAUUAAUUUCGAUGACUGGACAAGUAAACUCGAGAAUAGAAUCUAGGACAGCCACAAAUAUUUCAGAGAGGAGUGCAAAGCCAAGUGAGGUAUUAUUAAACAGUAACAAGAAAUUGGAAACCCCGGGAUCGGUCAAAUUAAGCCAGUGCACAACACCAUUAUCAAAAAGGACAGUCAAAGAUAUAAUCAAAGUCAUCAGAUCUAAAAGGAUCGAUUCUCCAGCAGUCUCUGAGCAAAAUCACAUCGUGGACGAGACAGAUUCUGACUCUGUGGUUACAGACGAAGACCCAGACUCCAAGGUAACUCAUCCGGCGUUCAUCAAUGAGACUGACUCAGAGGCUUCACUCGAUCCAAAACCUUCGAAAACUCACGUCACACGAUUCCUUAAUCCAAAUUACCGUGAUCCUGAUGCACUUUCAGAGGAGAAGAAAAAAGACAUAUCACGUUGGCUGAUGAACAAUUCCUCCAAUGACAGGAGUGACGACUCCAUGAGUAAUAUCUCCGCCAGUAAUAGACAGAGCAGCACAAGCUCGGGGCACAGAAGUCUGGAACGGUUGGAGAUGAAUUACGAGACGCCGAAUAAUCGACAGAAGUUCAGGGAGAAAUUCAACACACCCAAAGUCCUGAAUCCCCUGGCGGAUAUUCCUCGAGAAACACCUCGGCAAACCCUGAUAGAUGAUUACUUGAGGAAACCGAAGAGUAGCAGCAAAUCUGAGACGUACACUCCAAUAACCAUCAAGGCGAAAACAGUGGCAGUGUCUCCAGCUGUGGAUACACCCAAGUCAAAUUUUGACGAUUGUGCAGAUAUCCUGGAUAAAUUGUAUGGAGAAACUUGGAGGCAGCACGCUGGUGGCGUCCCCAUUACAGAACCCAGGAGGCAGGUCGUGCUCAAGGACAGGGGAGUGCAGACGGAGUGCAUAAGAAAACCGAAGAAACUGUUGCAGUCGGAGCACAGCUCCAAGGAGGAGGGCUACCAGAAUUUUAUCAGGGAUAUUAAACCAGGCCUGAAUUCCACACGGAAACAGCCCAUCAAGUACAAGACUAGAGACAGCUUCAUUAUUUACUCGUCGGAGUCUGAGGAGAGCACCGGGGACACAACUUACAUGACUGCUCUGACAAAUCCAAGGAUUUCAGAGUCAAAGAAUAUUCGGAGAGAGACUCCAAUGAGUCUGAAUACAAAAAAAGCCAUUGAGAUUUGUGACUCUGAUAGCGAGGAUGGUACUCCUGUGAUUAACGUAAAUAACAGGAGGAAACUUGUCUUCAGUGAUGACGACAAUGACAACAGCUCGGGAACCAGUGAGUACGAUCCUGAGGAAGUGGUACCGCCCAAAUUCGAGUUGCCUAAGAAUACUCGACCCCUCGUUAACAAAUUGAGAAUUCCGGCAAAAACAUUUUUACCCUCCAGUGCUGCUAUUCGUCGUAGAGAAAAAAAAUCUUUCCUGGCAUCACUUUCAGGAAUAGUUCCCCUGGAGGAGUGCCAUCAAGAUGCCGUGGAAUAUCGUUCGAAUUUCAAGAAGACGAGAGCUGAACUGGUAAAGGUACUCUAUAAAAUUUUCAAUGAGAAAAUUUUUGAUAACAAAUUACCACCUGAUAUGCUGAUCGAGUGGAAUGUCCGUAUGCGAGGAACUGCCGGAUUCUGCUACAACAAGAGGAUAAAGAGUGUGAUUGGGAUCAAGAGAUCAUCGAGGAUCGCUUUAUCCACGAAAGUCAUUGAUACUGCUGACAGACUGAGGGAUACCCUGAUUCAUGAGAUGUGUCAUGCUGCUACCUGGAUAAUUGAUGAGCUUGAUGAUGGGCAUGGUGCUCAUUGGAAAGCCUGGACUAGAAAGUGUCUGAAGGUCUUUCCAGAAUUGCCACCGAUCAAAGUUUGUCAUGAUUACACGAUUACAACAAAGUUCACCUAUCGGUGCACGCAAUGUGGCUACAGUAUUGGACGACAUUCAAAAUCUUUGGACGUGCAGAAGAAACGCUGUGGACACUGUUUUGGUCGUUUUGAGCUGUUGUUGAAUCGAGUCACACGAUCAGGAACAAUGCAGCAGACCCCACACAACAAGCAGCCCUCAGGGUUUGCUUUGUUUGUGAAGGAGAAUUUCUCAGUGGUGAAGAAAGAGCGUCAAGGUAGCUCGCACAGCGAAAUUAUGCAGUUACUAGCUCAGCAAUUUUCGGCCGUUAAAUUAAAACAAAAUAUGUCUUAAAAGAUUUCAAUUUAAGUGAAUUUAUGGAAACUGCUGAUCGACUAACUGUAUGAAUUCAUGACGAUGCAUUUUCCAUUCUUUAAAGCAAUUUUUAUUUUAAUUGAAUGACUGAAAAUUGCAGAUUUAUAAUUGUAUUAUAGUAAACGAUAAAAACCUGGAGGGACGACGAAGAUUCUUAUUUAGGAUAUUUUAACAGAUGAAAUACUAUUUACAGUGAUUUGAACGUCAAGAAAUUGAGAGCUCUGCCAAAUUCCCUAUAAAUUUCGUGAAAUUUUAUCGAUCAUAUUUUAUUUAUUAUUCAUCCUUAAUUACAGUUGUGAGACUCGAUUGCGCCUUGGAGUUUUUCAAUUCGAAAUGAUGAAUUCGCUAGACGAACAGAAUUAAUAUAUUUCUUCCAGUCCAACUCGAGAAGGAAACAUCUACUGCAAUAAAUAUAAGCAAAGAAUGUGUGUUCAGUUGAAAAUAUGAAGACCUUGGAGAACAUCACUGAUUUAAAUAUCCAGGAAACAUUUAAUAGUUAAUAUUUUUACUGUGAUUUGGGUCUUCAAAUAAUUGG